AUGUCAAGCCUCUGUUUAUCCUCUCUCCCUCCUGCUCAGCUCGGCAUCGCUUUGGGCUUUCUGGUCCCUCCAGUUCUGGUUCCUAAUGUUGAGGAUGUGGAGAAGCUGGCCUACCACAUCAGCAUCAUGUUCUUCAUGACUGCAGGUGUGGCAUCAGCCCUAUUCAUCCUGGUCAUCAUAGUCUUCCAGGAGAAGCCCCUCCACCCUCCAAGCAGAGCUCAGGCCUUGAUCGAGUCGAGACCGACAGAGGAGUAUUCCUACGUGCAAUCAAUCCUCCGUCUGCUCCACAAUGCUAACUUUCUGCUGCUUAUGGUCACUUAUGGUCUCAAUACAGGUUGUUUCUACGCCCUCUCUGCUGAAUUUUUGAUCCAUCACUACCCAGGGGAGGAGGUGAAUGCUGGCAGGAUUGGACUAACCAUUGUACUCUCCGGGAUGGUUGGGGCUCUGAUCUCCGGCAUCUGGUUGGACAGAACCAAAACCUACAAGCAGACAACACUAGUCGUCUAUAUCAUGUCUAUGGUGGGAAUGAUAGUCUACACCUUCACUCUGAACCUAGGUCACCUCUGGGUGGUCUUCAUGACUGCUGGCAUGCUGGGGUUUUUCAUGACAGGAUACCUUCCCCUGGGUUUUGAGUUUGCUGUGGAGUUGACAUAUCCAGAAUCAGAAGGAACAUCAUCAGGGCUGCUUAAUGUCUCAGCACAGAUUUUUGGUAUUGCCUUCACCAUUGGCCAAGGGCAAAUCAUGGAUCGCUUUGGAACGAAGGCAGGAAACAUCUUUCUUUGUUCCUUUCUGUUCCUGGGGACUGUUAUGACAGCAUUCAUUAAGGCAGAUCUCCGAAGACAGCAGGCUAAUUCAGAAAACGAAAAGACAAGACUCCAAGGCAGCAAUCAGAUCAUGGAUUAUGGGACUGUAGCUUGUAACUCUAACCUCAUCAAUUCCCACUCCUGCUCACUAGCUCAUACACAAAGGUAG